AUGAAAAAUUUAAGUGGAGAAUUCACCUCUGUGCAAGUACACAGCGUCAUCCAGCAAAACGGCUCCAACGUAUUUGAAAGCAAAAACUAUGCCUUAAGUAACGACAUGCCUGAAAAAUGCGACGCAAUAGCUAGCAAUUGCUUCCUCAAUGGAAGUGUGUACAUAGAAAAGUGUUACGUGUGCACCCUGAAAAUGAAGAACGUUAAUUCGUCGGACGUUUGUUACAAUUACGUUCCCUCGGUGGAAACACCCAUACAGGAAGAGGCGCAGAUAUACAACCACUUGAAGAGCUCCGCUGAUGUGGGGGACAACAUCGACUAUAAAAACGCGGGCGGUGAGAACAGUGGCUCCACAAAUAACGCAACGGGGGUGGUCCACGAAUCGGUGCUCCAAGGACAAGCAGCUGCAGAGGAGGGAGGAAAGGAUGCUGUGCAGGAAACUGCUCCUCCAAGCAGUACAGCAGCAGUAGAAGGAACGACGGCUGGGCAAGUGUCUACAAAUGCUCCGCCUUUACCGAGCCAGGGGGAAGAAACCGGAGUACUAAACAUGGGUACCACAGGAGGGGAAGCAGUAAACCUUUCAGGAGGCGAUCAGCCAGAUCAACAGGGAACAGCCGGACCAGACGGCUCGUCAAGCACGGCACCCGGAGCCCCCUUGCUAGGCACCCAAGUGUUACAUUUACUAAAGUACAUAAAAAAAAAUAAGGUCAAAAUGAACUUGAUCACAUACAAAAAUCAUGAGUCUAUUAGCACUGGACAUGACUGCUCGAGAUCCUACUCACUCAAUCCUGACAAGUACGAAGAGUGUGUAAAAAUAUGCGAAGCCAACUGGAGCAAAUGUGAACAUGAUGCAGUGCCGGGAUUAUGUCUUUACGAACAUGCAAAGGAGAAUGACUGUUUCUUCUGUUAUGUGUAA